AUGCAUCAGAUCUACUCACGAGAAGCUACUCGUGCAGAAAUUGAGCUGAUCCACGACUCUGCCCUGUGGGACCAGUAUGAGGCAAACAUGACACUUCCGCUUGCGCAGCUCAAAACAUUGAGCCAUGAUCUAGAGUUGAGCUCAUCGCUGUAUCUGAACCAUGCAUCUACGUUCUGUGCACGGCUCUCGUGCGGAAGUGUCGUCGAGAUGUGCUCGGCUGUGGCAUCAGGCAGGGUACAUAAUGGUUUCGCCAUUGUGAGACCGCCAGGACAUCAUGCUGAGCCUGGAGCUGGAUUUGGAUUCUGCUUGUAUAAUAAUGUGGCGGUGUCUACACGUGUCUUGCUCGAUCGACCACUGGGUGCGCCAGACCGGGUUGAGCGCGUGAUGAUUCUGGACUGGGACGUGCAUCAUGGAAAUGGUACACAGCGUGCAUUCUGGGACAACAAGCAAGUGCUGUACAUAUCUCUGCAUCGAUAUGAAAAUGGUACGUUCUACCCUGGGACCUCGUUCGGCAACUACGACCAAGUCGGCGGUGAGUCGGCGCGUGGGACCUCGGUGAAUGUGCCCUGGCCAUGCAGUGGCAUGGACGAUGGUGACUACCUGCACGCCUUCCAGCACUGCAUCAUGCCGAUCGCAUACGAGUUUGCGCCAGAUCUCGUCAUUGUAAGUGCGGGCUUCGAUGCCGCUCAGGAUGACAUGCUUGGCGGCUGUCUCGUGUCGCCCGCUGGCUAUGCACACAUGACGCACCAGCUCAUGGCACUUGCACAGGGCAACCUGGUUGUCGCUCUCGAGGGCGGUUAUACCCUGGACGCUAUAUCGCGCUCCGCACUCGCUGUCGUCCGAACAUUGCUCGGCGAUCCCCUCCCACCGCUCCCUCGGGGUACUGCAUGUAGUCUUGCUGCAGCUGAUACUGUCCGGCGAGUGAUCCGUGCACAGGCCCCCUACUGGGUCUCUCUGCGCACUGCGCUCGAAUAUGGCCCGAGCGCAGUGCCGAACUCUCUUACUGCAUCCACUUUGAAUGCAGCAACAACCGAUGCCGUGCACGGUGCGGCACUUACUCAUGUUACUGACUCGACCACUGAUGCCGCCGCUGCUCAGAUCUCCACCACUCCUUCUGCAGCUUCUGUGGCCUGCAUACCGACGCCGGAGCUCUUGUUAGAUGCACGUGCUGCUCGGCUUUGGAAACGACACCAGCUGCUGCCGAUACCUACGCAUGCGGGGCUCCAGCGGAAUCAGGCACUGUGUUCCUCAUCGCUUAUGCUGCCGACAACGCAGACACUCGUGAUAUUUGUUCAUGACCUUGCAAAUCUACAUAAAGACGUUCAAGGCGCACCAUAUGUGGCCGACUCAGCGGAUGCACUCGUCCAAUGGGCUAUGGAACGCAACUAUGCCUUGAUGGAUCUCUGCACAAUGGUGCCUUUGCCUCUGCAAACAGUUCGCAAUCAUUCGCACGGAAAAGCCCUGGCGUAUCCUGAUGAUCCCACUCCCAGUGCGUUGAAUGAACAGAUCCAACAUAUUUGGGAUGUAUAUUGCGCGAUUUCACCAGUGCCAAAGGUGUUUCUCGUCGGCCUGGGUACCGGCUGUGAAGUCUUGAUGCAUCUCAUUACGACGCGUGCCAUCCAGUCUCGUGUGCACGGCAUGGUUCAGGUGAUGGGAAUGAACUCUAUUCCACUUGUUCCCAAGGCCCAACGUGAACUCAAGUCCUGGUACUUGAAGCAUGCUCGUGUAAUCUGCCCACCAACACACCCGUACUUUGCGUGGAAUGAACAAGCUUCGUCAGGGAAGCGCCUAGGCACCGUCCAACGGGCGCACUCGCCAUGUCCCAUGGAGACGCUAGUUCAAUGCCUGCCCAACAUAGAUUCCAUGCUGUCAACCAGCUCAUAA